AUGGCGAGGGAACCCCACCUGAGACGAGAAUCCCCGUGGUCAGUUCUACACCCCCCACUCUCCACAGACUCCACGAAUGAGGCUCCUGGCGCUGCUUGA